AUAAAAUUCAUGGAGAAWCAAAAAUUGUAAAAUGAGCAAGAAAGACCGAWAACAUUUGAUCAUUAAAUACAAUGGCUUCYAUGAAUUCAAGUGUCCAGUCCGUCUUCAACGCUUUCACGGGCUUCCACGUAUGUUAUGAAACAAUGACGUCAGCAGUCAUUACCUCACAGAGAGAUCACCUGCCCACACUGAUCUCGUUGGAAAAAAUUUCUGAGUAGUAUAUUCCGCUAUCUGGGCUCUUUUUAUAGAAUCAGUAGGAAAACACCUGAUCUUCCUCGGUAAAAGRUUAAAAAUUUAAUCACCUUUUAUUUUAGUGUCACGAUAUUGAAUGAUUAGAAAGUGAUAACGUUUCGUUUUUAGAUACUGCUGACGAAUGGCGACAGCUUUAUUCAUCUCUCAGAAUAGCUGGGUACUACCACGCUGAAUCAGCGUUUCAGUGUCGUCAGGGAAGUAGGACUGAAUAAGGUUGUCGGGAACUGAGUUACCCCAAGUUCAUAUUCACGYCGGCACUGUUCCACCCUCGGCUUCAGGCUGUUGAUAUACCGUCUGAGCUAGCUAUUAGAAAGUGAACUUGUGAUUUAAAUGAUGAAACGAGACUUAAAUUGAAGAAAUUGCUGUUGUUUAUUGAAGCAUUUAAAACAACAAACGGAACGGCUUAUGUCACAUGACUUAUGAUGUAAGUAGAUUCUUACGACAACGUCUCCGUUUAGCACGAGAGUUAUUUGACGUCCUUUGACUUGUUUAGAAGAAAGGAAUAUAGCGCACAACUUUUUCCAAGAUGAUGCAGAACAUAAACUGUAUAUGAGAUGGAUGGGUCAAGUGCAUUAUAAUGUUGGAUAGCAGAAAAUACUAAGAGACAGCAUUUACUUUUAUAAUAUGGAGCUAUCAAGAAGGAAAUCACGAAAUUCAACAAAAAUAGAUAACUUUGAUAUUGAGAGUUCUGAAAGUAAGGCUACAAGACGCAGGACAGGAGCGAGAAUGCCAAGUUCCCUCUUAGYUCGUCUUGCUUCAACUCCUGGAUUUGUAGAUAAGCCAAAUGUAGAAGUUGAAGGUGACUCUCUUGCUCGGAGAAGGACACCAAGAAUGGCAAGCCUCAAUGCAGCUGCUAAAGUUAAUUUGUUCUUUGAACCAUCUAGCCCAUUGGCUGGUCGAAGCAUGAAUGAAAUUCAACACCAUUCUACUCGUAGGAAAAGUUCCCUUGAAAGGGAAAUGGAAGCUAGUUUUAGGAAUGGUGCGGGCUAUGUUYAUGACGAAGAUGAUGACAUAUUUGAAAAUUAUGAUGUUUCUCAAGAAAUAUCCUCAACAUCUGAUGGCAAUUUUGAAAAUGAACUUGAAGUAACCAAAGAAAAUCAAAUGAAACCUGAAACAAAAACAAAAUCUCAUAACUUUACAAAUGGCAAUACAAUUAUAGGAAAGCUUGGUCAGAAGCGCAAGCUUGAGCCUGAUUCAACUUCAGAGGGAGUGAAAAGYGGACGGAAGAAAUUUGAUAUAAAUAAUAUGCUUUUUCAGCGAGAGCAGCAGCUAGGUAUGGAGUGUGAUACAACAACAGACCAAUGCUACAAGACCAUGGUUGAUGCUUGUAUUCAAGUAGAUCUUCCUCGUCCAACACCYCUAAAGCAUAUCAGAGUUCUUUCAGUUCCUAUCAAAGGGCAAAUCUACACUUCAUCAGGCUCUAUUCCAUUCACAAAAAGUCACUUAGUAGCUCCUGGACCUCCAGCAAAACCACCGAUUGAACAUACACUAAGCAAGACAGCAUCGACUAAGAGAACAGCCAGUUUAAAUGCCCAAGCAAUGCUUAAUGCUAUGAUGUCCAGAGAUGGACCUUUGCACAAAUACAAAAAUGCAGGAGACUAUUUAGCACAGCGUUCAAAAUAUAAAAAGUCAAGCAAAGAAAAUGUUGCUUCAAAAAUUCCUAAAGAUUAUGUAAACCUUAUGCCUCUGCGUAUUCCAAAAAUCAAUUUUGCUGCUACCUCYACAUCAAAUUUUAGUGUUGGACGCCAUAGACCUGCUGGAAAUCCCAUUAAGAGUAUUUAUUUGAAAAACUUAAACAUGCAACUUGAAAAACUUCAGGCAGAGUARGCAAAGGAACCAAGAAAACACAAGAGGACCAAUGGUUGGACAUAUCAUGGUGAACCUCUGGACAAACCUUACUGUUAUGAUGACAAGAUAGUCAUAAGGCACUACUACAGUGGAAUCCAAAGAGGUGAUGAAAUCAUCAAUGUAAGGGARUCUGUUCUCUUGAAAGCUGGAACCAGAAGGAGAGACCAGCCCUUUGUUGCUAGAGUGUCUGGCUUGUGGGAAGAAAAUGAAGGUCCCAAUGCUGGAGAGAUGAUGAUGAGUGUGUUCUGGUAUUACAGACCAGAACAAACUGAGGUGGGAAGGAUGCCACAUGUUCAUGGCGAGAUGGAGGUGAUGGUAUCCAAACAUAAGGAUGAUAACAGUGUAGCUUGUAUAGUUGAUAAAUGCUAUGUUUUGACAUAUCCUGAGUACUGUAGGUAUCGAGCGAAGAAUAGACUCUUUCAGGAGUCAAGAAGUGUUCCUUUGUCACCUGUGCCACCUGGCGAAUCAACCAAACCAGGUUCUGUUCCUCCUUUAAAUACUGACCCAUCGUUAGUGUUCUUCUGCAGACAAAUCUACGAUCACAGAAUGGGAAAAAUUAUCAAGAAKCCAUAAUAAUGUUUCUUUUCGACUCGUCAUAGUUUAGCACUCAUGCUYAAUCAAGUGUAUCUUGAAUUUGAAAAUUUAUAAGUCGUUGUGUUCUUUGCAUUGUUAAUAUUUAAUUAUAAUACUAAUAGUUAGUUAAUUAACUAUGGUUCUUUCUCGAAAUACUAACAUUUAUAGUUAUUUAUAUAUUGAAUUCUUGAAUAUUAGAACUGAUGUUGUUUUUUAGUACUGUGUGAAUAUUACGACUUCUUGGACCGUAGUUUCUCUACUUCAACAUAGCCACUAUGAUUUCAAAACAGUUCUAGUUUUCAACUGUUCGAGGAGUAGAAUAGUGAUAUAAUAUAAGAGUUCAGACACAGAUAAAAAUAUCCUAGACGUGUUGUAAUUAUCGUUCUAAAAGCCGGAGGAGCUAAAAGCUCAUACUUAUUCAUGUACAAUAACUGUUCGUCAAUUCUUCGUAAUUUUUAGCCUUAUUCUUCCGAGCUGCUUUCGCUCGGAAAGUCACUUUAUGGGCUAGAUAAAUAUGUGUUUAAUGAAACAUUUCAUAGACUAAAUGAACUUAUAUUUAGGUCUCUUUUGAUCCUAUCUUGAAAGGCAUUUCGAAAAAUAAUGGGUCAGGUUCUUGCGAUCUCGUUAAGUUAGAGUGGAAAAUAAUUUUCUAAUUUAUAGAUACUUUGUUACUAUUUUUAUUGUAACGGAUAAAUAAUGAGAGAACUUAGAUUUUUAAAACUAUAGCGUUUUAUUUUUACUAGUGAGUUAAUUUAGUAUCACAAUUUAGUUUAUUCGUUAUUCUCAAUAACGUUUGCCUUUGGUAAUUUUCAUUUUUAGUGAAGACGAUGUUGUACAUUUUGUACUUUAAUAAAGGUUUAUUUGGAUAGGUGGGUGUUCUCAAUAAAACAUUGAAACCAGUUCAAA